GGGUCUAUAUGAGUUGUGUUCUGGGUUCAGUUCCGGGUGAGAUGGGUGUGUGUGCUGUAGCGCACUCGUUGUGUGAUAAUCUUGCCUGCAGCGAAAUUGGAGUAGGCUCUAUCGUAUUGUGUGGAUGUGAGGAACGGUUUGUGAGAUAAGGACUGAGAUUGGAAGAUGUGAAGGCUCGGGAGCGUUGAACGUUACAAGUGGUUUCACUCUUCUUCCUGUGCCGGUGCUAUUUGGCCUGUGUUUAGGGUGGAGAUGAUCGCAAGUAUGGCAUUGCAUGAUGUAUAUUGUCUUGCUCGACGCGAUCAAUGGUUGAGUAAGUUGAUUGCGCUCGGUCGUCUAUCAGAGCAACCAAGGAAUUGCAGUUGAGGUGUGAAGAUUCACAGGUGUCCCUUCUCAUGAUAUUGUGGUUUCGCGCUUCCCACCUACGUAGCGCCGUGAUUGUGACAAAAUUGUAUCGCGAUGUCCAGAGUCGCAAUGGUGGUUGAUCGAGUUAGGGUGGGUUCAACUCAUACGCAGAGGAGGAACGUGACGAUUCACUAGUGUCUUGACUUUUUGCCUUUGCGCAGGAGGUUGAUAAUUACACCGCACAAUUGAAGAAUUGCAUCUCUACGGACCCUUCACAAUCUGUAGUGGAUUCCUGAAGUCUCACAAGUAGAAUUCUGAGGUUGCUUUUGGAAUAAAACGAAGGGUGACACAAUGGGUGUUUGCCUGAGUAGGUGUGGAGACGCACAACAGAAAGCCGGGGUUGUGGCGGCGACCAUCUCCCACCAGGGCUCCAUAGGGAAUGCUGGGGAUUUGCAUGACCCCAGCCACUCCCUGAAGAAGUUUCUCCAUCUCUACGAGAUCGUGGAUGUGAGGAAGUCUUCGUCGUCUCCUCGGGCAAGUCUCGGAGAAUCGUUGCAGAUUCCACACAGCAGUGAGCUUUUCUCGCUCCCUGAUUCCGAUGCUGAGCGCACCAGCUGCUGUAUAUCGCCCUCUCCGGCGCGGGCGAGCAGGGUCUCAGCCUCAUCCAGGACCACUUCCUCCCCAAAGUCUACUCGAAAUUCGUUCAGUUCUUGGGGCGGCAGGUUUUCUAUUGACAAAACUGUUUUGGUAGGCUGUAGGAAGAAGAUUCGGCCAGCGCGGGGUUCUAAAUCUUCCUUAGCUAGUGAUCAGGACCUCGUGGCUCAUCAGCGACUCGUCGAGGCGAUUCUACGCCUUGAUAGAUUGAAUGACGGGAAGAAUCUGGAAUUGCGAGGCUCCUCAUUCUGCAGUUCGGAUCUCAAACCUAAGACGCAAGUCCUUCCGAAGUCUCGCUCUGGCCGUGAGCCCAAGAGAGUAGACCGGGCAGACUCGACGCCCUGGAGCCGCUAUGCCCGCCACUACCAGCUUCCACCGCAUCUGCUGAAGUCAUCUGUGCGUCCGAAGGACCAUUGCUCUCAACCCCCCGCUUGUGAUCGGACGGAUUCCCAUUGUUGCUCGAGUACUCAUGAUCUCGAUCCAACCAGGAAUACCAAGGUCGUAGAAGAGCCAGCGAAUGUGCUUUGCCCCGAUGGUUUCUCUAAGCGAAAGACUAUGGGCAAUCUUGUUUCCCUUGCAGCGCCUGUUAUCAAGCAGAUGCCACUCGAGAAGUCUGUCACGAAUUUCCUGAAAGAGGUUGAGAAUUUUGUAUCUCUUAUAGAAGCUCCGCGGUUGUCGUUGUCAUCCGAAGCCGUGCAGCCCACCAAAGACGACCCGUUGAUCAUAACCACUGUUCCGAGGAGCGUGGAGGAAAGUGAGUGUGAGAGUACUCGCCUCCCCAGCUACCGAUUUGAAGAGACGCAUUGCGAUGAGCAAUUCACUUUCUUCGAGGCCACUUUUGAGAAUUCUUCCGGCAUUACGAGAGUCUCUGUUCCAGUUGCCACUUCACCGCAGCGAUUGCCGCCGUCAGCCUCGCUAGAGAGCCAUUCCAGUGAGAGAUCACUUCCAGCUGAUAAGCCUGCCAAUGUAUCAGCCCCGGAAUCCGCUGGCAAGGAGAUACAGAACAUGUCUUCCUGCUCUCAUUCGCAGCCCUUGACGCUCAGGGUCGACCAGUCUACAGGAAAGCGUGCUGAGGCCUUAGCGUCGGAAUUAUUCAUCCCAACCGACCCAGGAAUUGAGGCGAAGCAGGUCAAGGAUAGAGGUGCAGCUGCAAGAGCAGCUCUGUCAGAAGUCGACCCAAACGUGAUGCUGAUAUCUAAGAAAUCACCAAUUUCCAAGAAGCCUCCCUCAAAAUCUAAAGCAGUGAAAGGGUUUAAUCGAGGGAUUUCACGAUCUUUGGACUCAAUAGAGAGUUUAGUAACCAGGGUAAAUUUCGACGUAAUCAUAAAUAACCAAAUUACAACAAUCCAUUCUUCCGAUCAAUCAGAAAUCACAGACACCCCAGAAGGUCAGUCACUUUCUGGUGUAAUGUAUAUUGUUAGAAUCUCUUCUAGGUAUCAGUUCUCUGUGCUAAAUCUUUUACUUGACCUUCCGGUUCCUCUUUUCACAUACUUCAGAUCGUACUGAUCAAUUAUGGUUACCUUCUAAUAGUUGUGCAGUAGACUAUCAAAGGAUUACUUUGACAGCUUGUACUUCCGAAAGUUGUUUGUCUUUACUGCAUCCCAAAUACUUCUAAUCGAUCAUUUGGAUGUGAAGCAGGUUCAUGAUUACGAACGAAGCACAGUCUACAACCGAAGGUCGUGUCAAAGUUAAUUGACUAGUACAAUCCAGUGAUCGUGCCCAAUCAGUAGCCAUGUCCCGUGGAUAGGUUAUGAGAAAUAGUGAAGGGUAAUGUUUCACUUCAUAAACAAAGUGAACAUUAUCAAGGUUCUGGCGCCCAGACAAGUUCACUGGGGUGCGUGGACAGGAAAAUUCGUGCUAUGCAAUAGUAGCUCUCUCUUAUUUCAAAUAUUGAUAUAGUUAUCAGAAUAUAAUUUUUUUUCUA